AUGAGCUCUGUGGUUCCCCCUGUUGGUGGUGGUUCAAUGAUGCUAGCUUGGCAAGUUCGUGGAAAACACGUUCUUGUUGUUGGUGCCGGUGAUGUAGCGCUUUCAAGAAUUGAUCAUUUACUAGUCGCUGAUGCUAAGAUUACGGUCGUCACGGGAUGUGACGUACAUCCAACAAUCAAAUCCUAUCAUGAACUUGGAUUGUUGGAGGAUCUUAUUGAACGUGACUUUCAACCAAGUGAUUUAAAAAUGUACGAAAAGAAAGGAAUGAGAGAUGAAAUUAAGUCUUUCGACGAAGGUAACGACGGAGAAUCCUUCAGCAAUCUAAGUGCAGAACAAAUUGAAAAGAUUGAAGCUUUUGAGGAAAUGAAGUUUAAAAUGGUUUUAACAUGUAUUAAUAAUUAUCCAUUGAGUUUGAGAAUUUGGCAACAAUGUAAGAUCUUAGGACUCGACGUUAAUCUUGCCGACAAACCCAAAAACUGUGACUUUUAUUUUGGCUCGGUGUAUAGACAGGGCCCACUUCAAAUCAUGAUAAGUACUAAUGGCAAAUCUCCAAGACUAUGUAACAGAAUCAAAAAUAAAAAGCUUGCACCCAUGUUUGACGGCCUGGACUUAAAUACAGCUGUGGAAAACCUGGGUUACUUAAGAUCUCAAUUGAGAAACAUAUAUCACCCCGGUGAAGAUGUAGGCGUAAUUAAAGAGAGGAUGGAUUGGAAUAAAAAAAUAACUGAUGCUUAUAGUAUUGAGGAAUGGUGUAUUAUGGACAAAACUAUGAUUGAUAACAUUGUGAAGGGAUACCCAGAAUUACCUGACUUGAGUAAACUCUCAAUAUAA